AUGAGCGAGUAUGAACUGCAGCGCCAACAUGCGGAGCAUCGAGCUGUCGAUCGCGACCAAGAUCAUGCACGGCACGCCGUCAAUGCCAUCGCCGCCGUGAGAGAGCACUUCGUUGAAGAGAUCACCGUAAUCAAAUCUGUGACUGGAAUAUGCAUUCUGUGUGGUCCCAUGAUCGAGGCGAUGACUGUGGACGUGCAGAUCGACGACUUCAAGGACAGCAGCGCCACGGUGAGCGUCGGACAGGCUCAAGAUGCUGGACAUAAUCGUGAGGCACAGCUGGACCGACAUCUCGAAGAUGCUCGAGAAAAUCCCCAGACCAUGCAUAAUGGAGGGCUGAUAUGCGUGGCAGACUCCAGGACGCUGCAGCUGACGGAGCCCAAGGCGGGCGAUAAGACCUGUGAGGGCAAGGUGUAUUCCGACGCCAUCGCCAAGGGGACGAACUGGGUUCUUGUCCGGUCAACAAUCGGAGGCGUUGUGACAGUAUGGGCGUUCCACCACAUCACAUACAAUCUGGAUAGCGACCGCCAUCGUUGA